GGUAGGCUUUGAGAUCGUAUCGCACGGGAUUGGCGAGACUUGCAUAAGAUCUAGCAGCCUGCGUAGAACGCCAGUAAGCGCCUAGCCUUGUAAGCUCCAAGUCUCAAGGACAAGUCCCAAGGAACGGUAUGACCCUCGAUCGGUGUCCGACUUAUGUUUGAUCUGUGUAACAACGGGAUACGACCUGGAAAUAUCAUCGCGAUAAUCUUAUAAUGUGCUAAGUGCCUGCCCAUCUUCCCUUUUCUCAUGAGUCUCUUUCUCAUAGCCCAUUAAUGUUCAUGUAUUUAGAUCAGUAUCAACUACCUACUACCUGGCUAUAAUCGCUAUGGUUGCAGCUAACUAUAGCCCCGAGUACCUUGCUGAGUCCAGAGUGGCAUUAGUCAAUGCGGUUUUCUCAAUUCCUAUCCCUAUUGAGGUUUUAAGCACAGUUUUCAGAUUAUGGGUUAAGACAAGGCCGUCAGCACAGCGCCGCUUAGCUUUCGACGAUUACUUUAUAGUCUGGGCUACAAUAACCGCAGUUGCUGUGUGUAUUGUGGGGUUAGUCUGUGGGGCUUCUGGUGGUCUUGGACGCCACGUAGAAGCUCUUCCCACGGAAGUCGUAGAAACUUUCCUCUUGGGCGACUAUAUUUUCAGUCAUUUCUACGACUUUGCCAUCGCCAGCACAAAGCUUUCGGUGCUAGCUCUAUACUACCGCAUCUUCGCCGCAGCCAAAUUUCGCAUUUUAGUUAUUAUCACCGCCGUUUGCGUUGUAAUAUGGCUCAUGACAAUGGAAAUCAUACUAGGACUAGGAUGUCAACCUGUUCAAGGUUGGUGGAAUGGUACUGCUGCUGCAACAGCCACCUGCGUGGAUAAGUUGGCUUUCACAUAUUCUACUAACAUCAUAAACUUGAUGUUUGAUAUGUGGAUAUUCACCAUGCCAAUACCAAUCAUUCUUGGAUUACAAGCCAGUAUGGAAAAGAAGAUAGGCCUUUGCUUCCUGUUCUCUAUGGGGUUGGGGACGUGUGCUAUUAGCGCAGCUCGUCUGUCAUUUGUAAUCUCAGUGAGAUCUGAAGACGUCACAUGGAGUGAGGUUCCCUUAGGAAUCCUGUCUGCAUGGGAACCUUGCGGCAGUAUCUUGAGCGCGAACUUGCCCCUAGUCUACAAGCCAUUAGUCCGAGGCAUCCAGCAGAUUCGUUCAACAAUAAAGAGCUCGCGAUCUCGCAGCUAUGACCUUGGGGCGCGACCGGCUUCAUCAUACCACGACUGGACCCGACUUAAUAAUAGCGCGCUGAGCAAUUAUGCUACUUCGAAAGUCACGGCGACCAGAGGCAACUCAACUGAAUUAGUUACGAUUGGACAUACUGGGAUCACGGUAGAACGUGAUUUUAAACAAGAGAUUCAUCAUGAAUAAUUGUCGAACAAACCGCUAUACCACUAAAAGGUAAUUUGGUAAUAGAUUUUAUUAUAUUAUGAUUUAUA